AUGUCUUCUACUCAAGGCCGCAAACGCUCCAGACUUGCAUGCGGAACGUGCAGGGAACUGAAACGGAAAUGUGACGGUUCCCAACCCUGUGGAGCCUGUGUCCGCUUCGAGUAUGAUUGCACCUACAACAAGCAGACCAACACCAACAAGAGAAGAAAAACAGUCGAGCAAGACAAAGAAGCUCCUCUUCCGUCACCUCCAGUUCAUGUGGAUAAAGAGUCACGGCCACAUGUGACAUCACCGCAUCAUCUUCAAUCUCUAGAGGCAAACUCUGGGGCCGCCUUUUUCAGAAGGUUGGCUUUGAGACUGGAUCCGAAAAACGCUCCCCGGAUGCACACCUUUUCUUGGAAUGCUUUCCUUGGAGCACGAAGAACAUCGCAGGUUCCUGUCUCGAGACCAGUUACAGAAAUGCUAUCCCAAGAAGGGAUGGAAAGUCUCAGCGAAAUCUACUUUGAAAAGCUGGAUCCUAUUUAUGGCUUCAUUGAUCGUGAUUGGAUUUCGCGUAUCACACAGAACAGAUGGUCCGGUCUGAUUUGCGAUGAGUCAGAAGACGCAGUUCUCUGUGGUAUAGCAGCUAUUGCAUGCUUGUUCUCAGAAGUUGAGCCACUACCACUGGAGCUAGACUUGAUAGAAUCUGCCAGGUUUAUACUCGAACAAAACAUGUCCGACACGCCGUCUGUCACGGGUGUUACGGGUUGGCUACUCCGAGUGAUAUAUCUUAGAACUGCAGAGACGCCACAUACGACUUGGAUGGCUAGUUCGAUUCUCAUGCAUAUGCUUGAAGCAGCAGGUUUGCAUUGUGAACCGAGUGAAGAGUCUGUCUUCCAAGUAACAGAAGAAAAGGUCGACUCUGAACUUCGAAGAAGACUUUUUGCUGUUUCGGCACAUUUGAAUAUUUGGAUUUCUUUCGAUAUGGGCCGGUCUAGAACGAUUCUCUGCAACUCAACUUUAGAGAUGCCAUCAAAAAGAGGAGGGGACUACACUAUUGAAAUCAUGGAGCUCUUACCAUACUCGACAGAUCUUGAUCCGCACAAAACUCACGAUGCCGCUGAACUCGAGGUAUCCUUAUCAGCAGUUCUCAAACGUGUUCACUCCGUUCCGCCUUCCAUUAUGGCUCAGUGCAACUUGACGCUGUGCCUUUGUCGCCGUUUACAGUCUAUGAAUACAUCUUUCACCGGCAAGACACUCGAACAGAUACUUUUCAUCACUCAAAAGGGCAUCGAAGCUGCCCAAGCUAUCAUCGACGCUCGCGUUCCGUGGCAUCAAAUGGCCAACGUGCCCUUCCAAAUCAUAUGUUUGCUGUUAGCCAUUGAUACAAGAGAAUCAUUAGCACAGCUCAACGAUGCAAUGCAAUGCCUAAACAACAUCGCAACUGUUUAUAAUACCAACGCUACAAAAGAGGCGUUAAACACAGCAUCCUUGCUCAUCUUGAUGCAACAGCGACGCAAGGAAAAAUGCGCAUCAAACUUGAGCAAGAUUGUUAAGAAUUUCCCUAUUCUUCCUCUUUCAGAAACUCAGGUUGAAGCUCCUUUGCAGCAGAUAGAUGAUAUGAGGUGGUUCAAUAAUUUGGCCGGAGAAUUAUCAGGCUUUGACUAUUCAGACCUGGACCGGUUUCUUUCCCAAAGCAUGUUUUAA